UAUUGUGCAAUAUUAACAGAUAAGGGUUCCUACUUAUCAGAUUUAAGGUACCGGUAUAAGUCUAUAUCAAUGCAUCUCUACCAGCAUACCUACAUAGCAAAUGGUUGAAAUCCUUUCAAAACAGAAGCAAGUUAUAUAAUAAAAUGCCGGCUUAUUCGGUUACGUAAAUACUAAGUUGAGGAUGGAAAAGACUCCACAAUAUACUUGUACAUGAAAAGAAGAACAGAUAAUGAACAAGGAAUAUCUCUUAGAAACCCAGGGCCUGAUCAGUAAAAGGAGUUUCAAUGGAUGCACUAAAGAAGCUCCAGUGGUUUGUAUUUGGUGCUGUCCUGAUGUCUUGUCUACAACUCUGGCUGAGGAGGAAGCAGACAGAUCUCUCAUUCUAGGUACCGACCUUGGAUGUUCGAAUCCACCGCCGAGAAAAUAUGAUCGGCAUUCAUCCUGGUUGAACGUCCCUAAAAUCUGGCGGGAAGAGAUGGAACGUCGCGUGAAACACAUGGAAACCGUUUGCCGAGACACCACCCACUCUGUAGAUGGCAGCAGUGCCAGGACAGGCUUUCCACCCAUGCUUUAUGUGGAUGAUAGGCACCGCCUUAUUAUGUGCUCAAUGCCUAAAGUCGGCUGUACCAAUGGAAAACGCCUACUUUACGCGUUAACAGGGAACGUGGAUAUGAAAUCGUUCCACAAUUUUGGAUCGGGUAAGAAAGUGGUUUCUUACAAACGCUUCCUCCCUCGACUUAGUCAGUAUUCUCCGUUUGGAGCUAAAUUACGGUUGGAGACCUAUUUAAAGGUGAUCAUCGUUCGCCAUCCACUGGAGCGCCUGGUAUCGGCAUACAGAGGUAAACUAGAAGGUAAAGGACACCCGAUUACAGGGGAAGCUAUAUACAUUGCCAAGAGGUUUGAAACCAACCCGACACCAGGCAUGCUGACUGGGAAAGAAGGUGUCUCUUUUCAGGCCUUCAUUGAUUAUCUCAACUCUCUUGAUCCAAACAAGGAUUAUAACGACCACUGGGAAAGCUAUAUUAGGUUAUGUGAUCCAUGUCAGAUUCAUUAUGACGUCAUCGCCAGACUGGAAUCUCAAGGCACAGAUCUAAACAUGAUGCUGAAGCUGAUAGGAAUGGACGACAUGUUGACGUAUCCUGAAGGUGAUCUCCCUGCCUCUUCCUCUGCAGUCUGGAAAAAAUAUUUUACUGAAAUAUCUAGAAGCGAUAUCAGGAAAAUAUGGCAACAUUAUGAACUUGACGCUCGUCUUUUUAACUUUACGCUAGACUGGUACUGACGUGUUUAAAACGUGGUAGUUGAGAUACACGUUGUAUGAAAAAUGGUUAUAUUAUUGUGAUCUUUCAUUAUGUUGUCUCUUGAUUGUGUAUAGGGUGAUAAAAAUAAAUUGGUUCCGAAAACACAAAAUAUUUUUCUAGCUAAAAGUCAUGGCGCCAUCUUAAACGUGCUUGAUUGAAUAUCUGAGUACUUGUCGUUUCGUUUCAUUUCGUACAAUGUAAAUACAUUUGACUCUUUGUCAGUAAUAAUAAUGGUGAUAGUAAUAAGCACUAAUGUCUGUACUUCAUGACACAUGUGUUUUAAUAUAUACUGUGGCCUAUUGACAAAUGGCACAUCCCUGAAGUCACUUUUUCUCUAUGUAAGGUUUUUUUAGUGAGUAUUCGCGCAAAAUGUGUACGAGUUAGUUUUAAUAAUGACGUCAAGAGGUGAUUUAAACUUAAGGUAUAAAUGAAACGUCACGAUUCUUAGAAAUAAUUUUUACAUAAUUGAAGUGAGAUCACAAUAUUAAAAUUUAAAUGUUUUUCUGUGCAGAUCACGCAGAAGAAUAAUAACAUAUGCGACACUUCCACUAUAUUUCAAUAAAGUAUACUUUUUA